AUGGCUGAGGUCUCUUACCUUAAUCUUCACGACAACGAUGACGACGACGAAGAAGACAACGACUCUUCCUUCCAAAACGAUGCUAUAUUGGACCUCGACUCCGUCCCGUAUUGGUCUCACGACUUCGACAGCUUCGACGUCGAUGUAGAACUCCAGCCGUUCGAUCUCCCUCUCCGCCCCCGCCCCCAAAUCUCCACCCGCCAUCAACGCCGAUCAACCCAACUCCCAGACGAAGACGUUUCGGGCCCAGGAUCCAUAACCAGCGCCGAUCUGUUCGACCGCCACAACCAGGUGAAUUUCGUAAUGGACUUGUUUCACCAACGCGUAGAGCAAUCGCAGUCAUCGACCCAUGUGAUCAGAGGCUCCGAUUUGAUGGAUCCGGAUUCGAGUAUUGACCCUAAUCUUGGGGUCAUUGAAGCAAAUGAGGAAUUGGGUUCGACCCAUUUGGAGCUAGAUUUAGGGCUAGGGUUAGAUUUUUGUACGGAAAAUCAUCAUGAUAAUAGUGAUAAUUCUGAAUUUGAAGAACAAUUUAUGGGUGGUUUGAGGGUUGUGGACAUUGGGUCGGACUCGGAUUUCGAAGAAAAUGGAGUUAUAGGGAUAGAUUUGAAUGAAAAUGAUGAUUUUGGAGUGGAAAAUGAGAUUGUGGGUGAUAACGAUGAUUCGGGUCUUCGGAUUCGUUGGGAUUCUUUUCAGUUGGAAGAUCAUAGGGAUGUGAAUGAAGAUUUCGAAUGGGAAGAAGUGGAUGGGAGAAUUGAUGAGAGAGAAGUUUUGAGCAUGUCUUUCAAUGGCGAGGCGGAUACCAACAUGUCAGUGCCUGCCAUAAGUCCAUCGGUAGAAGAGGUUGGGGUUGAGAGGGUGGAUGGGCUGAGAAAUUCGGAGUGGGAGGUUUUGUUGAAUAUUCAUAACUUGGAGGUGAAUUCGGAAAUUGGGCAUGAUGGGGAAUUUAAUUUUGGUGAUCAUGACGACCAUAAUCAUACCAUGGAGUAUGAGAUGUUGUUUGGGCAGUUCACAGAGACUGAGAUUUCGUUGAUUGGUCGACCACCUGCUGCAAAAAGUGCUACUGAAAAUCUUCCAUCUGUGGUUUGUACAAAAGAGGAUGUGGAAAGUAAUAAUGCACUUUGUGCGGUUUGCAAGGAUGAGAUGGGUGUUGGGGAAAUGGCGAAGAAGCUGCCUUGCUUGCAUCGUUACCAUGGGGAUUGCAUUGUCCCAUGGCUGGGGAUUAGGAAUACUUGUCCUGUCUGUCGUUAUGAGUUGCCUACAGAUGAUACUGACUAUGAGCGGAGGAAAACCCAAAGAGCUGUUCAUCACCGGUGA